AGAAGAAAGCUAGCAUAACUGUGAAACUCUCACGCCUGAACGUGCGUGCGUGUGUGCGUGCGUGCGUGCUAUAGAAGAAAGCUAGCAUAACUGUGAAUUAAACUCACACGCUGAAGCGUGUGCGUGCGACUGCGUGCGUGCGUGCAUUCUGUAAAAGGAGGCUAGCAUAACUGUGAAACCAAGGUGAAACGCACACGCCGGAGCGCGUGUGCGUGCGUGCGUGCGUGCGUGCGUGCGUGCGUGCUAUGCUAUAGAAGCACUAGCCGGUCGUGCUAACUAGACUAUAUAGUGUCCACCAUGGAUGAGGCGGCAGGCUGCAACAGCCGACACCAUACUCUACCUGACUGCCAUGCAGGAAUUGAUGGGGGAGGGAGGAGGCGAGGCAGGAACCUGCCCCUCCUGUCGCAUGCCAUUUGACAAGGGCAAGAAGAGGAAGAAACUGAUAGACGCGUGCGGACACGAACGCUGCUUCUCCUGCAUGUUCAAAUCUGACGAGUGUCCGACGUGCGAGACAGAGAGGAUGUCACUGGGAGUCACGGCCAGCCCGCGACCCACACGCCUCCACCUCCGCUCCGGCGGCGGCGGCGACGGAGGAGCAGGAGGAGGAGGAGGAGGGGGAGGAGGUCAGCGGCCGAAGCUGAUGACAAACGGACACUUCACGCCGUACAUGCAGGCGCGGUCGGCCGAGACGACGCCGGAGACGCCGGAGCACAAGUCUCCCUCUCCUCCGCAGCUGCUGCUACACUACAGCAGCCGACCCAGCAUCAUCACCAGUACGUAG